GGAAUUGCAGUCAUUAACUGACACUCCGUAAGCGUGUUGUAUACUUACCGUCAAAAGAUUGGAUUUCACUAGUCCGUCAAUCACACCAUGCACUCCAGCCUCAGAUUUAUUUUUACGUUAAUGUUUUACGUGUUCGACCGUCGAGCAAUGGCAGCUGGGCUGAAGGCCCUGCCACUAAUAGGACCAAACAUAACGAUAAAUUCAUCGGUAGCGGGUAACACGUGGAACUAUGGCGAGUCUGUUGAAUGGCCAAUUCAUAUUGCACCUUGUGGAGGCAAACACCAAUCUCCCAUCAACAUUAAUCCCCAUAAAGCUCUCGUUGUCAAUUAUCCCAAAUUAUCGUUCGGUUUUUACGACAAGGUGUUUCCUGAAACGGUCACAAACAACGGCCACACAGUUACGCUUCAAAUUGGUAAGAGAGAGGGAAAGGAUUAUCUUCCGUACAUUGAAAAUGGAGGAUUGUCUGAUCGGUACAUUUUCUAUCAACUUCAUUUCCAUUGGGGCAGCAAAAGCAAUAAAGGCAGUGAACAUCGUAUAGCCAACAAAAGAUAUCCGGCUGAACUUCACAUGGUUCAUUUCAGUCAGAAAUACGAUAAUUUCACAGAAGCUUCGAAGCAUCCAGACGGACUGGCUGUUCUCGCUGUUCUUAUAGAGAUGGAGAAGAGAGAUAACAUUGCAUUCCGGCACAUUGAACAUUUUGAUGAAAUUACGAGACCUUCUGCUAAUCGAGGAAACUCAAGCGUAUCGAAUCUUUCAAAUCCAGUCGCGUUGGAGGAUCUGAUUCCCGACAAUCCAUUAACUUUUUAUCGUUACAACGGAUCGUUGACGACUCCGUUGUGUAAUGAAGCUGUCAUCUGGACUGUCUUCGACACACCAAUAGCUCUCUCUGAGCGUCAGAUGAACGAAUUUAGAGAGCUAUUUGACGAGGAAGGUCAUCACCUGACAGAUAAUUUUCGACCUGUACAGUCCAUUCACGAUCGACUGGUAACUUAUCGCAAUAACAAAACUAUAUUUAACUAAGUUGAUCUGGCGUUCAAAUGUGAAACGCCUAUUAAAUUUUCUAGACCCAUGCAAUUAUCCUUACUAAUCGAUUUCUAAAGACAUGUACCUUCGCUACAGAUUUUAUUUCUUCGUGGAGCACGAUAAUAAAUGUAAAUUUUGUAUUUUAA